UUAUUUGCUUCAUUUUCGUAACUUGCAUGCUAUUUCAGUUAUUUGUAUUUAUUGCCUUGCAUUUUAAUCGCUUAUGCAGACAAAAAAAAAUUCUAUUUAGAUUGUUUUGAUGGCGUCUAACUCAAUCUGAAACGGACGGUCUCAAAAGACAUGUUUUGUUUUUGCUUUUUACCUAUGCACUUAUUUAAUUUUUACUGCAUUAAAUUGCCAUUGCAAAUUGGAAAAUGUUCUCAUGAGUUGCCUAACUCGGAUAAACAAAGAUUAGCGGUGUUAGCGGCGUUACGAACAAAUCUAAUUGACGUGCAGUGGGAAAAAUAUAAUUAUAUUAGUUUACAAUUCCAAAUAAAUACAGCCCAAUUUCCUGUACAUGCCAGAAAUGAUGGAAAAGUGCCACAUCAAAAUUCCUUGUCACCAAAUAAACACUUUUAGAUUGCAAUGAUGAAAGUGAUUCACCACUCUCCAGAGACCCUGCAAACAGCAUUGAUUUCCAAUUGCAAGGACUUGACUGAACUCUAUAAACAGUACACCAAAGAAGAAUGUCACCUUUUAGAGCAAGGACUGCAUCCAGGGCAGCCUGGUUCCGUUUUUCAACCUGUGACUGUUCAUUCAGACUCAGACUGGAUUCCCUCACAUCCUGAGAACCCUCAAGAUUUUGAGAGUUUUUAUAAAGAUCCUCACAGAAAGACCCCAAGUGCAAGCUGUGGCACGAUUUACAUUCAGACCAUAGGUUCUUUUGGCGAGGCCGGGCCCCAUACGGAGCAAUACGUGGAAUGGCUUCGAGAAUACUGCCAAGCAUUCUUCUAUGGGCUGCCUGUUUGUUGGUUACCAGCUGUCACAGUUGCACAAACAGGCUGCUCAUUCAGAAUUAACCAGAGCUCACAAAACCUUCAGCUGCUCACUGGUGACCUGCUUCAGUUUUUAUGCAAAAGGAAGCCAAAGGAUGCUUUUUGUGUGGUUGGAAUCACAAUGAUUGACCUGUACCCAAGAGACUCCUGGAAUUUUGUAUUUGGACAAGCAUCUCUUCAUAAGGGAAUUGGUGUUUUCAGCUUUGCCAGGUACGAUGACAACUUUUACCGCAAAAAUUAUGCAGGAAGGGUGAAGAAACAGCGUCAAGUAAAGCAGGGCGACUAUUCCGCCUUUGACGGCCAUUACACUCCCCCUAUCACCAGCACUCUGCUGUUGCGAUCCUGCAAGACGAUGACGCAUGAAAUCGGCCAUAUGUUUGGAAUGAGGCACUGCCAGUGGCUGAGCUGUGUCAUGCAAGGCUCCAAUCACCUGGAGGAGUCCGACCUACGCCCGUUGGAGCUCUGUCCCAUCUGUUUACGCAAACUUCAGACCUCAGCGGGCUUUAACAUAGCCGAGCGAUACGAGGCCUUACUGCACUGGAUGGAAGAGGAGCCAAGGUCACCGACGACGGUGACCUCCUUUCCCAAACCUACUGAAGCUUUUCAUACGGCCAAACUGUGGCUGAAGAAGUGCCAAGAUAUACUGAACGUCACUAAACGACUUCAUCACAGAAUGCCGGCGGGAGUGACGCCGCUGCUUUUUUGUGCCAUGCUGUGCGGCCUGUAUUUCCACCUGAUGUCAGAGCGGGCAUCAGUGGUUCCGAAACCCAACAAGAAGCCCAACUUCGUUCUCAUCCUGGCUGAUGAUUUAGGCUGGGCUGACUUGGAUGUGAACCUGCCUGAGCAGAAGGCCAACAAUACGCCUAAUCUUAACCUGAUGGCCCAGCAAGGAUUAAGAUUUUUAGACUUCCACUCUCCGGCCUCAACCUGCUCGCCAUCCCGGGCUUCCAUCCUGACCGGCCGCUACGGACUCAGGAAUGGGGUCACUCACAAUUUUGCCGUGGGCUCUGUUGGCGGUCUGCCUCGGUCCGAAAUCACUUUGCCUCAGCUCCUGCAGCGGGCGGGUUACUAUACUGCCAUGAUCGGGAAAUGGCAUCUGGGCCAUAAUGGACCAUAUGGCCCGACAAAAAGAGGAGGUUUCGACUCCUACUUUGGAAUUCCUUACAGCAACGAUAUGGGAUGCACUGACAACCCUGGAUAUGAUCUUCCACAGUGCCUCGCUUGUGACUCAUCUGACCCACAAAAAGCGAGGAGCUGCUAUUCCAAAGUGGGCCUUCCUCUGAUUGAAAACAGCAGUAUUCUGGAGCAACCACUCGACCUGUGGACGCUUACGCAACAGUACCAGUCCGCUGCUCUCAGAGCGAUGCGCCACGCCAGAGAGCAAGGACAGCCAUAUUUUCUUUAUAUAGCGCUCGCUCACAUGCACGUACCUUUGGCCCCACCACUUAAACCCGCCAGCCGAGUGUACGCCGCCAGCCUCCAAGAAAUGGAUCGCCUGGUGGGGACCAUCCGAAGUGCUUCGGACGCAGAUGAUACACUCAUCUGGUUCACCAGUGACAACGGUCCUUGGGAGCAGAAAUGUCAGUACGCAGGAAGUCCGGGACCUUUUCAAGGAAAAUGGCAGACUCAAAGAGGUGGGGGCUCAGCUAAGAAGACCACAUGGGAAGGAGGCCACCGGGUGCCAUCUUUGGCCUACUGGCCCGGCGUGAUUCCCACAAACGCCACCAGUGCGGCGCUGCUGAGUGGAAUGGACAUUUUUCCGACGCUCCUAUCGCUGGCAGGAGUGACGCCACCUUCUGACCGGCGCUACGAUGGCAUCGACGUGACAAAUAUCCUCCUGCACGGCGUGCAAACUGGUCACACGGUCCUCUUCCACCCUAACAGUGGCGCGGCAGGGCGGCUGGGUGACUUGCAGACAGUGCGGGUUGGGAAAUACAAAGCUUUCUACCUGACCGGUUCAGCCGAAGCGUGCAAAGGUGAUAUCGGAACGCAGGAGUUCCACGACCCGCCGUUGAUAUUUGAUUUAGAGCGUGACCCGGCCGAGGAAACGCCCUUAAAAGUCGGGACACGUGAAUACCAAACCACAGCGGAAAAAGUGGCUCUCUGGAGGGAGAGGUUAUUAUGGGACAUCGCCACCGACCCGUCCGUGUCCGUGGCAGACUACACGACGGACGAUUCGGCCUGGCCUUGCUGCGAAGCGACGCGGCCGGUUUGCCGUUGUCUCUCUCUGGGUUGACAUCAAGAACAUUUCGAGGAUGAUGAAAUGUGUGCUGAGAAGCUUGUGCUGUUUGGUAGGUACAAUGUCCAGACGCGAUGAGGAGGGGUGUAAACAAACAAAAA